AUGAGCGACGCGGAGGCGUACUUGCGCCUCGGGAAGAAGAUUCAAUCGAAAAAGUUUGGUCGCGCCGGGGUGGCUCGCGAGGACGGUACUGUCACUGACGGCAGCGAUGCAGCAAUGGCAGCGAGCCACAGCGUUGUUGUGGUGAACAUCGAUGACGAACACCGCGAGACGCGGCAGCUGCCCAUGAAAAAGAAGCCCACAAAACGCCAGCGCGGCGACAGCGACAGCGACAGCGGCGAUCCGGUGGCGGUGCGACAGGAGAGCCACACUCCUGUGUCGUCGUCCCAAAAUGAAAAUGAGAAGGGAUCAACGGCCAACGCAGACGAGGGAAGUGGGGAACAGAAAGGUGCUGCGACGCCGGAGGCACCGCCGGAAGCGGUGGAGGAGCUGGAGCUGGCUAAAGUGGUCUCCCCGUCCUCCCCCGUCCCGCAGGUGGAGGGAGUCGCGCAGCGCAUUAGUCUGCUGUCCAAGUGGUUCCCUGCUUCCCUACAAGAAGGCAAACUGGAGGCCGCUGUGGCUCCCGGACCGGAGUUUGUGGAGGCCACCGUGGAGCGAAUAAACAAGGCGCGCGACUACGUCUUGGCGUUGCGGUAUGGCAUCGAAGAUGUUGAGACACUGCUUGAGGAGACGCGAGACACGCAGGGGAAGCUGUGGAGAGGAACAGAGCACAACACUAAUGGGGAAGAUGAUGUCCAGGAUGCACGGAAGCGGCACUACUGGCAGCUUUCUGGAAAGUCGAUUACAAAGCUGGUCAAGGUGAGAGGCGUCGAUUCUUUCAAGGAGGCAUUGUCUGAGUUUGCCGAUGAGGUUCCGUCCACUUCAGCCGAGGUGGCCGCCGCCAUCCGUAACGUGGUGCAUCGCCGCCGGCGUCUGUGUGUGCCACUGGAGUACAAUGUAAGAGGCUGGCACGACGUCUUGGACGCCCGCGGCCCUGAAGCCGGUUACGUGCCGCAUCUCUCGGAUGUAUUGUGGCUCAGCGUGGCGAGCGUGACGGCGAUGUUUUCCGUCGUCACGCAGCGGCUCUUGCGCGGAGCGCGUGCGUUGGAGGCGACGAACAACAGCAUCAACUUCAGGAAGGCGUCACUUCAUGACCAGCGAGCAGAGGAGACCGCUUCAGAAGACGGUGAAGCCCGCCCGCGGUUCUUCGAUAACACCGCAGUCGACUCCGAGUCAGCUAACGACAACGCACCCCAGAAGACGGAGGCGUGUCUCUGGCUGGCAAACGCUCCCAUUCAAUUUCAAGCAAAUCUGACUGCCGAGGAGAAAUCGGUUCUCGCUUUCCUGCGUUAUUUGAUGCCUACGAGCGAGGAAGAGGUGGCGGCGGCGGCAGAGGAGGGUGCAGCGCCAACAGGCCGCAUCUCGACCGGGCUGGGUGUGUGGCUCUACGCUUCUUUUACGACGCUGGACACGCCGCUUGACCCCGACACGGCAAGACUCGCGCACGACCUCUUCCGAACGUGUUGUCGUCACCUUCGUACGCUGGGUGGGUGGAAAGGCGUGCGGGGCAGUAUGCGCAACGCGCUGUUGAAGGAGUUUCCGUCAAGAAAGAAAGGCGCGAAAGCAGCGUACGCCUCCUUAAACGAAAUUGCACGGGAGGAUGUGCUGGCGUUGUACAGCAUCGUCGUCGUGCUUGCGCGUCUCUUCCGGCAAAACCAAGAUCUCUUUAUUCCUCUGUAG